UCAUCAUUAAUGCUAUAAGCAUUUAAGACUUUUUAUCCCUCUCACUUUCCCAUCAAUUUUCCGACUAUCCAAACAGAAAACAACACAACCGAAACCUCUCCAAAACCCAGAUGAAUCACCCUCAGCAGCCUCCUCAGCCCCAAGACCCGUCCGAUCCCCAACUCCCCCACAUCAGAAUCCACCACCCCAACUCUCCCCGCCACCACUCCUCCUCCGCCGGCUCCGCCGCCACUCCCACCCCUACCGCCGGUGCCCGCCGCAAGCUCGGCGUCGCCGUCGACCUCUCUGAAGAGAGCGCCCACGCCGUCCGCUGGGCCGUCGAUCACUACAUCCGCCCCGGUGACGCCGUCAUCCUCCUCCACGUCAGCCCCACCUCCGUCCUUUUCGGCGCCGACUGGGGCUCAGUCGACCUCUCCAUCAACACCAACGACGACGUCGAUUUCGUCGACAACCACGCCCUGCACGAUUCCGUCAAGCAGAAGAAACUCGAGAACGACUUCGACGCCCUCACCGCCUCCAAGGUCGCCGAUCUCGCCAAGCCCUUGAAGGAGGCGCAGAUUCCGUACAAGAUCCACAUCGUCAAGGACCAUGACAUGAAGGAGCGGCUCUGCUUGGAGGUUGAGAGGCUAGGGCUCAGUGCCGUGAUCAUGGGGAGCCGAGGGGUCGGCGCCACCAAGCGUGGGACUGACGGUAGGCUUGGGAGCGUCAGCGAUUAUUGUGUUCAUCACUGCGUUUGUCCCGUUGUUGUUGUCCGGUUUCCGGAGGAUGACAGUAGCGGCGUUGCUGGUGGUGGUUCUGGUGGUCCUCCUGUUGCCGCGGCGGUUGUUGCCGUUAAAGAGAAUGAGGAGGAAGAGGCCGUGAUCAAGCCCGUGACGGUGGUAAAGGAGGAGCAUAAGAAAGAAGCUUAGCCCGUAUUCUGAGUCGUAGUUGAAUCCUCUCAAGUACAGUUUUCAUGAAAUAGUGUGGCAUCGGUUUUGAGUAAGUUGUGUGGAAUGUGACCAAGUCAUGGUUCUAUAUUGUGCAGUUUGUGUAGAUGUCUGAGUCGACUGGGAGUGGCUGACACUUUGAGUCCAGCCUGCAGGAGUCAAGUCUGCUUUCUCUCCUCUGCAAUAGCUCUUUCUCAUGUAUGAACUCUGGGAGGACUGUAGAUGCUAUUUGUAUGGUGAAUGAGGUUUAGGGUUUCUCUACGUCUUUCCUAAUUUGUUCAAUGCUUUGUGACUCUACUCCUUUUAGUUUCGAGGGAUGUGCUUCUUGUUGCUCGUAUGAUACAAAUUUAAUUAUUAGAUGUGUCUAAUAAUUAUCCUAGACGCAGUUUAUAAAUUUGGAUGUUUAUAUUUCGAUUGCUUGCUAUGGUAAGGUACUUUCUACCACAA